AUGGAUGAGAUAGAAGAGGGUUUGGUGGCACACUAUGAAAAGCUUAGGAGUUAUGGUUUGAAGCUAUUGAGGACUAAUCCAGGUUCCACAGUGAAAUUGGAUGUGGAUAUCAUGCCUGAUUCUACAGUCCAUUUUUCAAAGAUGUAUAUUUGCUUGAAGGUUGUGAAGGAUGGUUGGAUUGAGGGGUGUAGAAGAGUGAUUGGUGUAGAUGGAUGUUCUUUAAAGGGACUUUGUAGAGGUGAGGUACUUUCAACUAUUGGUAGGGAUGCUAAUAACCAAAUGUGUCCUCUAGCAUGGACUGUUGUAGCAGUUGAAAAUAAGGCAAAUUGGAAAUGGUUUCUGGAUCUAUUGCUUGAAGACCUUGAUAUGGGACAAGGCAGAGGACUAACCAUCAUCUCUGAGUAA